UACAAACAUAUUGUGUAAUGGAAAAUAUUCAUAGCAUAAAGAAGCCAUGAAAACCCUCAUCUUUACAUCACAAACCCCACUCUACCUUUCAAAUCUUCCUCCAUGGAAGCCCAAAAGCCCAGCAACCCUCAACCCCACAACCUUGCAAAAACUAAACCAUUCCACAAUCACAACUCGACCACAUGCCAAAGGCUUUACUGGUAAUGCACCGGUCACCACAAAAGAGACUAUUAAAGAGUCCAAAAAAAACAAUAACAAUAAUGAUGAAGAAGAACUUCCAGAAGUCGUGGUUUACAGAAUUAUAGGGAGAAUUUUGGCCUUUGUGGGGUUGCCAAUGGCGUUGGGUUUGGCAUUGUUGAAAGUUUUUGGGUCGAUGAAGGAGCAAAAUUUGUGGGAUGUGCCACGAUGGAUGCCUUUCAUGACAACAUUGAUAACUUUCGGGGCUUCAACUAUGGGAAUUGCAUAUGGGUCACUGUCUUCAAGUUGGGAUCCAGAGAAGAAAGGAUCGAUUCUUGGGUUUGAACAAGCUCAAAAGAAUUGGGUUGAGGUGUGGAAGGAGGACGAUGAGAGCCAAUAAUGGUGAGCAUGAUGGGUCCCUUACACCUUAUCAAAAUUACAGAUUUCAUUGGAGGCCUCUCUUUUCUUUUCUUUUCUUUUCUUUUUUUAUUUUAUUUUAUUAUUUUAGGCUGCUGUAUGAAAUAUACCUUGAAGUAAUGCUAUAUUUAUAAAAUGUUAAAGU